CUUUCUCCUUUCUGCUUUCCCAUCAUUUUCACUGUUCAUUGUUCAAUGCUCUUCCUCUUCUUCCUCCUUCCUCCUCCUUUCUUUUAAUCAUUUCCCAUAAUUUUCACUCCUCUUUGUCUUCUUCCCAAAUCCCAACUACUAAUUUCAAAACCCAUCUUCUCCCAUUUCCAUUUGAAUUAAUCGCCGACCAUCCCCUCAGUGUCUCCUUCUCAUCUCGCCACCUCAUUUUGGUGGGUCCGCCGACUGCCGUGGAGAAAAUCCGAGAUGGGUUCUUCAGUAUGUUGUUGGAUUUGUUCAUGAGCUUCUAGGAAAAGAAAAAACUGCUCUCUUAUUUCCCACUCUUUGUCGGUAUUUCCAAAUACCCUGAAAAAUUGUCUUGUGGGUCUUCUUUCUUCUUUUUUCUCCGGCCAUUCUCUUUAUUUCUUCCUCUCUCUCUCUCUCUCUCUCUCUCUCCAGCCUAUCUGCAGAGUUCCAUCUUCACAGAGAGAGAGAGAGUUGAGCUCUAAUGGAGUACGAGAGGAUUCACAAAGUUCAGACAGGUAUAAUUUCUCCAAGUAAACUGAGGAUGAAGCUUAUGGGUCCUCAUCACCAUAAAAAGAAGGAUGGAUCAAACAGCAACUCUUCAAGAACUUCUCCCUCCAAGCUUGAAGACUCUGAGUUUGUCAGAAAUAGUUUAUUAUUGGGCACAGAAAGUGGUGGCUUUGACGAGGAAGUGACAUCUUCCUGCUUGGAAGUUCCAUCUGAAAAGGUUUUGAAUCAGUCAGUUUCAGACCCAAAACCAAAUGAUCGGUCUUCAGGCCUACCGAAAGAGUUUCUCUCAAAGGAAAACGGUGAAUCCGUUCGAAAUAGAAUGCAGCAAUGUCUGAAAGGUGAUGGUUGUAAUUCAAGCACAGUACACCCUUCGAAAUCAGUAGAAGAUGAAAAUCUGGAUUAUGACAGUAAUGCAAGUUCAUCUAGUUUCGAGUUUCACAAGGGGGAGAGGUCUGUACACAGUUCCAUCUCAAGGUCCCACUUGAGACCGAUGCCAUCGAAGUGGAAUGAUGCAGAGAAAUGGAUAAUGAAUCGUCAAAACAAUGGGCAGGCUGCUAAUUAUUCUAAGAAGAAUGUUCCACAAAACCAUGGAUAUAGAAUGAUGGCAACGAAUAUGGUGAGGGUUGCUCCUGAAUCUGCAAACUCUGAGCUUCGGUCGUCAAUUGGUAGAGUCAUGGAGGCAAAGCACGUUGAUUUCUGUCAAUCUGGAAUGCAGAUGGGGCCCGAGAAGUUCUCUUUUGUGCCUGCUGGUGUUUAUUCCGGUGCAGAUAAUGUGUUGAUUGAUUCAUGUUCUCAAAUUAAGGACUUGAAGGAAGUGGAUCACAAGCCAUCCUCAAAAGCUAGUAAAGAAGAUUCUACAGGCAUCCCUGCAAUAAGGGCAGUUUCAAUGAGAGAUAUGGGAACUGAAAUGACCCCAGUUCCUAGUCAAGAGCCUUCAAGAACAGCUACUCCCAUUGGGGCAUCUCCACUUCGCAGCCCGACUUCUUCAAUUCCCUCCACACCUCGGAGAGAUGCACCAGCUCCAACUCCUAUUGAGCAAUCUCUGACCGGGUUGCAACAAUCGACAGAAAAUGGCAAAAAGGAACUAUCAGAAGAUGAAAUGAAGCUCAAGACAAGAAGAGAGAUUCUGGCACUUGGUAUGCAGCUCGGCAAGACAAAUAUUGCUGCUUGGGCAAGCAAGGAUGAGCCAGAAAAGAAAAGACAGAAUGCUGAAAAUGCUGACAAGGAGGCACUCGAACGAGCAGAGUUUGAAAAACGUGCUGCUGUAUGGGAGGAAGUUGAAAAGUCUAAGCAUAUGGCAAGAUAUAAACGUGAAGAGAUCAAAAUCCAAGCAUGGGAAAGCCAGCAGAAAACGAAGCUUGAGGCCGAAAUGCGGAGGGUGGAGGCCCAAGUUGAGCAAAUGAGAGCUCAAGCUGAAGUGAAGAUGAUGAAGAAAAUUGCCAUGACAAGGCAAAAAUCAGAAGAAAAACGGGCAGCGGCCGAGUGUCGGAAGAAGCAAGAAGCAGAAAGAGCAGCAGCCCAGGCUGAACAUAUUCGGCAGACAGGACGGAUGCCUUCGUCUCCGUACAUUUGUUGUGGUUGGCUGUGAUAAAACCAAAAUCCUCCCAUGAAAAGGGAAGAAAAGAACUAUGAAUUAUUCAGGAGAGUCAUCUUUCAAACAGCUUCAGUUAGUUCCCAGAAGAGAAUUUUGCAGUUGAUGAAUUAAAUCCUUACCUCAAGAGUGAGUGUCCAUAUUGAAUAAACAGAGAGAAGUAACUUCAUUUUCUCGAUGAAAAAUCUCAAUAGGAAGAGAGCCAUUUUCCCUUAUUGUAAGUUGUACCUAAUACAGUGAGAAAGCUUGAUUGUUUGCCCUUGUGGAUUUGGCUUGAUUUUCACUGGAAAUUGAAUUGAUCAAAAGAUUUGAUGGUAAAUGAAAAGCACUCAAGAACAUGGCAAUUUUGAAGUUA